AUGGGGAAGAUGGCAGAAGUGCAGCGAAGGCUGCUGGAACAAAUGAUGGGUCCCGAAGCCCUCGGUAUCACCGUCCAGAACCACGACUGGUGGUCUGACAAAGUAUGCCGGAACUUUUUGUUUGGAACGUGUCCGCAUGUCAUCUUUGGGAAUACCAAAAUGGACCUGGGACCAUGCCCCAAGAUCCACUCGGAUAGGAUCCUCGCCCAAUUCAACGAAGCGGCCAAGCAGCCUCACCCGGACCCGCGGAUCGGGGUGUAUAGGCAGGAACACGAGAAUGUCUUGUAUGGGUAUAUUGAGGAUUGUGAUCGGCGGAUAAGGAUGAGUCAGAGAAAGUUGGAGAAGACGCCCGAGGAGAAUAGGAAGACUGUUGAUCUGAUGAGAGAAAUUGGAGAGAUUGAAUUGUCUAUUCAGGGCGGGACCGAAGAAAUCGAGCAGUUGGGCGAAGCGGGCAAGGUCGAGGAGUCUAUGGAGAAGCUUAAGGCCGUGGAGGCGCUCAAGGGGCUCAAGGGGGAUAAGGAGAGGGAGCUGCAGAAUCUGAAUGAGACGGCAGGGGCGAGUGGGCAUCAGAAGUUGAGGGUGUGCGAGAUCUGUGGAGCGAUGUUGUCUGUUCUAGACUCGGAUAAACGUCUCGCGGAUCAUUUCGGUGGAAAACUCCACUUGGGAUACCAAGAACUCCGAAAGCUCCUCGCCGACAUCGCCGAAGCGCGCAUGCAACGCCGAAACGCCCCCGCCGGUCCUCCAGGACCAUACGGCCCUCCAGGCGGGGGCGGGUACGCGCCCAACGCGCCCUCCAACGCCCCCUCGGGCCCUUCUGGCCCAUUCGGUCUCGCCCCUCCAUCCGGACCUGGGGGUCCUGGGUUGACGCCCUAUUCGGCCCCGUCGGCCCCCUCGGCGCCCCGCACGCCGAACCACGGGCUCGUACCCCCCGCAGACGAGCUGCCUGUUGUAGGGCACGGGGAUAAGAUUAAGCGGGAGGCGGGGGAGCUCGUGGAGGAUGUCAAGGAGAGUAGGGAGCGGGAGCACCGCGAUCGGGGGAGCAGGGAUAGGCAUGGGAGUUAUGAUUCUGGCACCGGCGGCGGUGGGGGAUCGGGAAGGAGGGAAGAUCGAUAUCGCGAUAGAGAUAGGGAUGAGAAGUAUGAGUCUAGGCGGAGUGGAGGUGGGAGUGGUAGGUAUGAGGACGAGUCGAAAAGGGAUAGGAGGUAUGAUGAGCGAGAAAGGAGCAGUCGGAGGGAUAGGUCUCGCUCGCCUUCGAAGCGCAAGUUGGUGUAG